CCGGCUACCAUGGGACUACAUCUCGUGACGUUGCUCCACUGCCUUGUAGAUCAGACCUUUAUGUCGAAGGCUCCGGAUGUGGCUCCCUAAUAGAACCACCUGCUUUGGUCUGGUCACCUGGGCAGUAUCCCAGCCCUCACACAAAUCAAAUGAUGUUUGUGUGGUGCUUAUGUAUCUGGUGCCCCCUUGUACCAGUAUCUAUGUGUUCAAAUAAGUAAAUGUCUAACAGUUUUUGGUGCUUUUGAUAUAUAGUAAUUCCUCAGUUCAACGAAAAUGUGUACGUUUUCAUACGAUUUGCAGAUGCUUCACUUUUCAAUAGAUUUAGUGUUGAUAGAGCCGAGUUCAAGAUCAUUUACUCUCUUGAGUUGCUUUUUUUGUGAAAGCUAGUGAUACUAUCCAGUUGUCCAGUCUUAAGUAUGUGUGGCGGGAUGUCAACUUGUAACCUAGUGGUUGAAAGUCUAGUGCUUUUCACUCGUAAUAUAUCUCAUACAUGUUCGGUAGAUGAUUUGUCGUCGUCGCCUUAAGUCAGUCCUCUGUUCAUACUAGAAAUAGUUCAAGAAACGAAUUUUUUCGCUUUGAAUUAAAAUAAUAUCACAUCCUUCACUUUAAUUUUCGGAAUUUUAUCUUCUACUAUGAGAUCUAUUUAGCAUGCUUAAAAAAUUCAAGUAUUUUUAUGGUCAUUUUGAUUCGCUUUUUGUUUAUUGUAUUCUGUUUUCAUAACUAAUAUUUUCGAAGGGCUAAAACCGAAUGACCAACAAUAUCGACUUUGUGUCAGCUAUCCAUUGUGGCCAUUCAGAAGCAAAGUUAACUAGAUCAAAUUCUGACGCACCUUUCAAAUCGAUACGCAGAGUUCGUUUUCCUGAAGAUGACAAACUUAUAUCAGAUUAUUUAGAACCAUUCCGACUAAUUCCAGAUAAUUGUUCAAGUGAAGAACUUCAGGCGGCGUACUUUUCUUCUUGUUUUGAGCAUAGAAUAACUCCCAUUAAUUUUUUGUUAGAACAAAUAAAGGGAAUCGAUUUAUCGAUUUGUAAUGAACGUUACAGUCGUCUAAGCCUAAGAGGUAUUCGAUUGAAUCGAUUUCAUAUUGAAUCAAUGGAGGCAAUAUUUCAGCGUGCACAUUUCAGAGUAAUUGAUCUAGAAAAUACAUUUUUAGACGAACAGUCUGCUUCGUCACUGUUUGAUAUGUUACUGCAUUAUGAAAGUUGUACAGAUCUAAGUAUAAGUUUAAAUUUAAACAAAACUCUUCCUAGUCAAGCUUGGAGUCGUUGUGUUAAUUUCAUGCGAAAGUCAUCUGCUCUACGUCGAUUCACAUUGAGUCAUACUCCAUUACGCUUAGAAAAUUUUCAUGGUCUAAGUUUCUAUGGUCUAUGCUUGGAACGUUUACAUUUUAUUGAUUGUAAUUUAACCGGUCAAGCAUUAUAUGGACUUAUGCAAUGGUUGUACAUCCUUUUGAGUUCAACAAGUUUAUAUCCACCAACACGAGACAGACCAUGUAAUUCAAGUAGAGGACAUAAAUUUCGUGGUUGGAGACAUCGUAGACACUCUUAUACUACUUCAGCAUUAAAUUUAUCAAAUACAAGUACUACAAACACUAUUAAUACUAACACUACCACUAUUAAUGAUACUAAACCUUCUAUUUGGGAAUUAAAAUUAGGUUUAAUAAAUAAUAAAUUGACUUCUUCAGAUGUUGAAGCAAUACUACCACUAAUUCGUCAUCAGUUAUUUAUUCCAAGAAUUUCGGGACCUGAAACUGUUAAAUUUGAAGGUCAUAAUAAUAAUAAUAAUAAUAAUAAUAAUAAUAAUAAUAAUAAUGAAAUUAGCUCAUCAGAUGCCCUUGUAAACAAUAGUUCACAUACGAAAUGUACACAACUGAAAAAAUCAAACUCAUUGUCGUUAUCAUCGUGUGAUUUUCUUCCAGUUGGAGGGAUUGGUUAUUUAUUGGAGUUGGAUUUGUCUCAUAAUAAUAUUGGUGAUGAUGGUUUAGGUAUAUUGUGUACUGGACUGCUUCAAUCUUAUCGAAAUCGUUUACGUGAGCGUUUCUCUACGUUGAAUGAUCAAGAAAUUCUUAAACUAACCACUAUGUCAUCAUCACCAUCAACAGAAAAAAGCUCCGAUUCAAAUUCUAAUCGCUGUUGUACACAAUCAAUACCAAUGAAAAUUUGCAGCUUAGAACGUCUUUAUCUUGUAGACAAUAAUUUAAGCAUAGAUGGUAUGCAAUCAUUGGCUAUUGUAUUAAUGCAAACACCAAAAUCACUAAUCUCUUUUGUUGGCGGUUUAAUUAGCUUAGAUUUAAGUAACAAUGUAAAUAUUGGCGAUAAAGGUGUUGAAAUAUUGUGUGAAGGUUUAAUCAGAAACUAUAGUUUAAAAGAAUUAUAUCUUCGUUCCAUUAAUAUGUCUUUUUCAGGAAUUUUCGCUUUAUCCAGUUUUCUCAGUGAAUCAAAGUGUCUAAAGUAUUUGGAUAUACGCAACAAUAAUUUAGAUAUAGCCUCUAUAAUGGCUUUAUCAAAAACUUUAUUCAUUAAUAAAACAUUAACAAGUCUGGUUUCAGAUGCACAUCGUUGGGCGAAUUCUCAGCUGGAUCUAUCUGAUAAAGAUAAAGAUUUAAUUAAAUCUCUCAUUGAAAGCAUCGAUUCAAAUCUUAGAAGAAAUCGUUUAGAAACAGAAUUAGUUAAUAAUAAUAAUAAUAAUAAUAAUAAUAAUGUCUCGAAUAUUAAUUGUGAUACAAUCACACCAACUGAUGUCAAUGACGAGAAUUCGUUGGGACAAUCUGAAUUAAUGAAUAACAGCUCAGUGAUACAGUGUAAUGAUAAUUCACUAACUAAUUGUAAUAUAAUGAAUGGUGAGAUGUCAUUGGACACAACAAAUUGUACAUCGGAUAUAUCAGUAAUACGAAGUUAUGAAUGUGAUAAUAAUGAGUGUGGUCCUGAUAAUAAUAGUAAUGCUGAUCUCCAGUCAGAUAAUUCGUUAAAUACAACGAUCGAACAACUUGAUAGUGAUAGUAAUGUCGAGGUUUUGGGUAAUUUAAACUGCGCAAUAAUCUCUACCAAUCCUAUUAAUGAGAUAUUCACUGAAUGUAUAUUGGAUAAUCAAACAAUAAAUAAAGAUGGUAAAUUUAUCAAUAAUAAUAAUAUUAAUAAUAAUGAGAAUUUUGCAAUAAUGGAAAAACGAAGUAAGGAAGAAAAGAAAACAACAAUAGUGGUAGAACAACGACGACCACCUUCACUUCAACAUUCAUCCGAUUCAUUUAUGACUAUCGAAAAUAUCUCUUCUUCAUCUAACUUACUCCAAAAUGGAAAUAUACCAUGUUUCAAGGAUGAUAAGUCAUUGAAUUGUAGUACCGAAUCAGAUCCAAUUCAGUCAUCUGUGAAUGUUUUUGACGAAUCAGAUUCACUGAAUACAAUAAGUCAAAAUAAUCAUAAUCAUACAAAUGAUGACGUAAUCAGUAAAUAA